UUGCACAGUUUGCGUUGGUUUGUGUUUGUGUCCGCCGUUGUUGUUGGUGCUUCCGUACGGUGUUUGUCGGACUGUAGUUUACAUUUAAAUUAGAAACUUAAGGUUUAUAGAGACAAUGCUGUUUUAGAAGUGUAGAAAUAGUACUGGAUUUAUUGUAAAUGUUCCAAUGUUGCUACAGGGUGAUUUAAAAUAGAGAUCUAUGACCACCUGACCCAUCAUUAAAGUAAAGGUAUAAGGCCCAGUAAACAAUGUCAAGUAGUGAUGACGAGGAUCUGAUUGUGAUGUACUUGUACUUACGAAAUAGAAGAAAGAGGAGAGAAGAGGAAGAAAAGAAAAGGAAGGAAAGAAAGAAAAGAAAAGGAGCAAUGGAAUCUGCGAUGGAACAGUGCGAGACCAAGCCUUUGGAAACUCUAUCAAGUACAUUAAAGAUGUUUGACACUUUUAAAUCUACGGAAGAAGACCAUGAAUCAGACGAGGAAAGCUUUCAUCUUCCGUUAUUAGGAUGUGAUGAUGAAGCGGAAAACGGCAUGGAAAUAUCUGAACUAAACGAAGAAGAUGAAGAUGCCAUACUAAAUAAGUUCGACACACGCGAUGAAGGAAUGGACGUGGAUGAAUGCAGCAACAAAAAAGACAGCGAUGUUUCUAAAAACAAUGUUGUAAAUGAAGUUAAACUUAGUGAAGAAGAGGCAAAGCUAGAUGGUAUAGAUAAUUUAAAUAAAGAUAAUCGGAUAGAUAAUUUAAAUGGAGAUGAUGAAUUAUUAGGAAAUAAUGAGAUUUUAGAAGAUAAAACAACAGAAAGUACCCCUGAUGAUACCGAAAAUAAAAUCGAAAAUGAAAUAAAUGAAACUGAGCCUGGUUGUGAAGAAGACUCAAAAGAGGCCAAUAUUACCGAAAAUAAAAUCGAAAAUGAAAUAAAUGAAACUGAGCCUGGUUGUGAAGAAGACUCGAAAGAGGCCAAUAUUGAAAAUUCCAAACUAGAGUGUAAUGAAAUUACCGAAGUAAAUAAAGACAUAAAAGAAAACUCCAUAGAAGAUUGCGUAGCAACUGAAAAUAAAGAAACUUGUUCAGAUGAUCUCAGCCCUACAAAUGAUAAUGGUUUAGAGAAUAAUGAUAAUGAUUUAAAGAACAAUGUUAAUGAUGAUUUGGAAAACAUUGAUGGGGAUCAUGAUUUAGAGACUAAUGAUUUAAAAGAAGAAAGCAACAAUAAAAGUGAUAAUGAUCAAAAUGUUAAUAUAGAUGCAGCUACCAUUAAGGAGGAUGACGAUUCAGAAAAUAGAGUUCCAGUUAAGGAAAACGAUAUUUUAAACCAUGAACCUUCAAAUGAGAAUGAUCAGACUAACGAUGUAACAGAAGAAAGCGAGAAUAAUCAAGAUGCUAAUAUAGAUACAUCUACCAUUAUUGAAGAUAUCGAUGCGGAAAGUACUACUGAUCAAGUUAAUGGAUGCGAACCUACCGAAGACAAUGUUUUAGACCAAGAACUUAAUAAAGAAAUUAGCGAAGAUGAUAAAAUUAAAAUCCACGAAAAUGAAGAAGAAAACAUCAACGAACUUGAUGAUGAUCUUUGUAUGUUAGAAGAUGAAAAUGAAAGUAGUAAAGAUAACAAUUUAACCUGUCCAAUUGAAGAAUCGCAAUCAGAUCUUGAGACAGUUGAAAAGGUUACGGAAGAAAAUGCCACUGAAUUGACUAGUACAGGUUCUUCUAUGAAGGAAGCUGUCGAAAAAAGUGAUAAAAUGGAUGAAACAAUCGAUAAUACGGAUUCUUCUAUGAAGGAAAUUGUCGAAGAAAAUAAAAUGGAUGAGACAAACGACAGUACACAUUCUUCUGUGAAGGAAACUGUCGAAGAAAAUAGUAAAAUCGAUGAUACACUUCUAUCUAAAGACGUCGAUGAUGCUGACAAAAAACUUGAUGAUCUGGUCGAUAAUGAUACACAUAUGAAGGAUGAUCAAAUAUCUGAUUCUACGGAAUCUAAAGAUGAACUUUCAUCAGAUAAAAAUGCAGAUUCCAAUAAAGAAAUUUCUGAAAAAACGGUUGAUUCUAAAGCAGGAGAAGCUGAAUCCAACAAGCAUAUUGAAGAGGAGAAUUUGUUAAACAUUUCUGUAAUAAGAGACAUUGAUGAAGAUAAUACUUACGCCAUAAGAGAAAUAGCUGAGGCGCAAAUAGCUGCGAUCGAAAAUGAUGAACAAGAAAAUGAACAAGACGAGGAAAGAGGAGAUAAUGAUGAAGAAAUGGAAGUAGAUCAAGAUGAUCCGGAUGAUCCAGAUGAUCCUGAUGAUCCAGAUCCAAUUUCAAGUGAUAAAGAUGAAACCAUUGAAUGUGAUGAAGGAAACUCUAAUUCGUGUGAUCAAGAUAUGAGUAAUGCCGAUAUGAUCAGUGUUAACACUAGUGAUAGCGAGAAUAAAGAAAAUGAAGCAACUGAAAAUGAACAGAGUGAGACUGAAAGUCAUCUUUUGAGCGCUGACGAAUUGUCAGAAAUGAACAGCAAUGAUAAUUCCAUUUUGGGCACAGAUAGUAAGACUGAAUCAGCUUUAGAUGAAACUCUUAAAGGAGAUUUAAAUGAACCCACGGAAAAGACUCCCACGGAAAAAAUUACUGAAGAAGAACCAACUGAAUCCACUGAAUCUACUGAAUCUGCUGAAUCUACUCCCAUUGGAAAACGGCCGUUACCAGAUAGUGAUACUGAAACAGGAGCUAAGAAAAAACUAAAAAGAUCUGAAGAUGACACCGUGUCAGAAAAAAGCAAAGAUAAAAAAGACAAAACAAAGGCGAAACCGGGGGAAGAAAAAAAGCGUAAAAUCAAAACCCUUACCGCUUUCGAAAAAUACAUGAGGGAAAAGAAUUUAGGAGAGGAAACCCUAACCAGGUCGGAUUUAGAACAAUUUUGUCUACAAAAAAUUUGUGAAGCAAUUAUUCAUAAAUCAGAGGCUGGAGAACUACAUCAAAUUAUAUUAAGACAAGCACAAAUAAUAGAUAACUUACGAAAAGAGGUUCAACAAAUCUCUAAGCAAGCCAAAGAUCUCGAUAUCGUUCAUAAGAAACUCAUGAACGAUAUUCGUGUUCAUGGUACCAUGAAACCGUUAGUUCCUUUGAAAAUUACACGGUCGGUAGGCUUACAGGUUAAACUGAAUGUUUCGGAAGACCCAAACAAGAGGAAGACGUUCACAGUACCUGUAGCUACUAAUAAAACAGCAACUACUACUACAAAUACUGCUGCAAGUGGUGUGAAUCGUCCAAGAGUUGUUCAAAAACCUAAUAAUGUUCAAGGAGCAAAGACUACUAUAACCCCUGCCUCGCCGAGAAAAACAUCUCCAGCCGCACCAAUAUUAUCCCAAGCUCUGCAAACACGUCCAUCACCCACCCCUACUUCUCCAGCAACCAAACGGGUUCCUCCUUUGAGGAUAAAACCUAGUGAACCUCAAAAGCCAUCAGCUCCAGGAGUAAUCGACUUAACCGACGAAGAUGAAAAAACAGCCACAGCCAAACCAGUAGCUGUAAAAAAUAAUGUACAAAAAAAACCGAUAAAUACCAAAUUAGGCACAUCAGUCAAAAUUAUUAGUAAAAAUAAUUUAAUACAAAAGAAAUCCCCCGCGCAGGUCGCGAAAGUCAAAAACGCAGCCAAGAUGAACGCCAACCAACAGAAAACUGUCGCCGUUGCAAGCUCUCCCGUAGGAACGAAGCUGUCCCCUCGAGGAGUGACGGCGCAGGCUGUUCGAGUGAGCUCGGCUCAAAUGAAGAAUAGCAUAAAUCUUCCUGUUGUAACGUCGCCAGGUACUACGCAAAUUAUGUAUGUCCUACCCCAGAGUGGGGUCGGAAAUAACACAAAUACGAAUGGUCCGAAGGCUUUGCUUGUUAAUUUCCCAAAUGGAGUCAUAACUUCGGCGAUAAACGGAUCUGCUGUAUCAGUGAUACCUUCCAAAACGACGAGUAAUUCGCAGAUGAGGACCGUUCUUCCCAGAAAACACCCUGCGCCUUUACCCCAUACACCCCCACCAACAAACAGUUCGUCAGUGAAACCGUUGCUUCCCAAACCUCAUUUAACUAUUAAAAAAACUGACACGGGUCUCAUGCUGCAAUGGAAAAUGCCGUAUAAUCUCGAUAGUUACGAGGCGAUAGCGAGUUAUCAGUUGUACGCGUACCAAGAAACAAGCGCUCCCCCUAGCACGGACAUGUGGCGGAAAGUUGGUGAUAUUAAAGCCCUUGCUCUCCCAAUGGCGUGCACGUUAACGCAGUUUGUAGAUAAAAAUAAGUAUUACUUUGCAGUGCGACCGGUAGAUGUUCUUAAGCGAAUAGGGUUGUUUAGCGAUCCAGAAGAAAUCAUUUUGUAAAAUAUAGUUCUUAAAUUAUUAUUAUAUAUAUUUCCUGACUAUUAAAUUAGAAAAUUAAUUAUAAGAAAAUGCUUUUUUUAUUUAUGUCGAAUAAAUGAUUUUAAGGAA